AUGGGUGUACUCGAUACCAUAUACCCUGUUCUGCCUUAUGUGCAAUGGACCAUAACCGUCUGUUUGUUCAUCGCGACAGGCGUAGCAUGGUGCUUCAUUCUCUGGAUCGUUCCAAUCAUCAAACUCAACAAGUCCAUCUCGGCCGUCGCAUCUCUACUAGAAGUAUCAAAACGCGGUGGCUGGUGGCUAGACCCAACGAAUGCAACCUUUGCAUUCAUGCUUGCUAUUAUUUCCAUCCUGGUCUCGCGGCAUCCGGAUCCUUCUGAGGCUGCGCUUUGGAAAUAUUAUGCAGUCUCAAGCGCGGCUUUGUUCAAUGUAGCAUGGUGGGAAAGAGUUUUCAUCUUUCCUCUCGAGGACUGGAUUGCGGCGUUGGACAAGGAGAAGGGCAAGAUCGGAGCUUCAAGUGAUCGUUGGAUGGACGCGACAACCGGAUCGGCUCUGCAUAGGGACAUGGACAAGUGGUGUCGCUAUCAUGCUGUGCGCGCAACAAUGCCUCUGAUCGCGGGUUUGAGUGCAUUGACUGGGAAUAUGCGCUGGUAG